GAUUCAAAAUGUCAUCUAUAGCUUUUUCUACACCAGCUAUAAUUAAGAAGUUAAUUCACUUAAAAAAAUGCCAAAGUUAUGAUGAAGAUAAAUGGUGUGAAAAAAUGGUGAAAUUAUUGGCCAAAAAAUGUAAAAAGCCUAUAUUGUUAGAAGAAUUAGAAAAAGCACUUAUUACUCAAGAUCCAAAUACAAAAUGUGUUACAAUACCUUGGUCUUGUGAUUCUAAAUUACCGAAUAGUCAAAAAAAAUGUUUACCCACAGUUAUAUAUUGUAGGCUAUGGAGGUGGCCAGAUCUACAAAAUCACAAUGAAUUAAAACCUUUGCCCAAUUGUGAAUAUCCAUUUAAUUUUAAAAAAUCUGAGUUGUGUAUAAACCCAUAUCAUUAUCACAGAAUGGAUAUUUCAGAUAUACCUACAGUAAUGGUUCCAAUAAAUAAUAUUAAUAUUAAUGCUAAUAAUGCUACUAGCAUGGAAGAAUUAAUAAAUAAUAAUAACUUAGAUUUCACAUUGUGUGAAAGAAUUCCUGACAAUGCUAACAUAUUACCAAAUUUAUCACUUGAUCUUAUGCCAAAUACGCCAGGAUGCCUUAGUGAAGAUGGAAUUGAAAAUAUGAUAAUACAUGAAAAUGCAAAUUCACAAUCUAAUCUUGCAACUCUUUCCUCCCUGACACCCAAUAUAUCCUCAGCAUUCGAAUCGGCUCCUGUGCCCUACCAAGAACCUGCCUUUUGGUGUAGUGUGGCCUAUUAUGAACUAAAUACUCGCGUCGGGGAAACCUUUCAUGCUUCGCGUCCGCGUGUGACAGUGGAUGGUUUUACUGAUCCAUCCAGCGCCGACCGUUUUUGCUUAGGGCAGCUCUCGAAUGUCAACAGAUCUCGCUCCGUUGAACUCACUAGGCGGCAUAUUGGACGUGGCGUCCGACUCUACUACCUGGCUGGUGAAGUGUUUGCCGAAUGCCCUGGCGACAAUAUGGAAAUAAACAGUCCGGAUGUAAACAAUGGCAAUCUUAAUAAUGGGGAGGGAGGUAAUGGAGGAGCAGCCGUCUUUGUCCAAAGUCCGAACUGCAAUAGGAGAUAUGGAUGGCACCCAGCUACGGUUUGCAAGAUACCACCAGGCUGCAACUUAAAGAUAUUCAACAAUCAAGAAUUUGCUGCACUCCUGUCUCAAUCAGUUAGUCAAGGGUUUGAAGCAGUUUAUCAAUUGACUCGUAUGUGCACUAUAAGGAUGAGCUUUGUUAAAGGAUGGGGUGCUGAAUAUCGUAGACAAACCGUAACUAGUACUCCCUGUUGGAUAGAAGUUCACUUAAACGGCCCUUUACAAUGGCUUGAUCGUGUAUUAACUCAAAUGGGCUCACCUAGAAUUCCUUGUUCUAGCAUGUCUUAAUCAUAUUUACAUAAUUCUAAAUUUGUUUUUUAUUUGAUAAAAAUUAUGCGCAGUAUGUAAUUUAAGAUCCAAUAAAUAAUUUCCAACCCUCGAUGACUUUUCAUUUAAAUCAGGAUAUAUUUAAAUUAUUUUACACGUCUAUUAGAGCUUACUUUUAAAAACUGAUUAGUCAAUUUUGUCAUUUUUAAAAAAAUACUUUUAGCUAUCUUAUUCAAUCUUUUUAAUGUGUAAUAUCUCAAAAAAAACAUUUAUAACACAAAUCAUACAUUUCAACCAUAUUUUAUAUUUAUAAUAAAUGUUUUUCCUUGGAUUACACUGUAAACAUAGUUUAUAUAAUUUUAUUCAAAUACGAUAAAUUUUUCUCACUUCACAGUUGUCCAUAACAUAAUAUAACUAUUAUAAAUAUUUUCCAUUCAUAUUUUAAAAUUAUUAUAAAACUUUAAAAAAUAACCGGUUUUUUAAUUUUUUUUAUAACGAUUAAUAUAUCCUUACUUUUAUUUCAAAAUUGUUCUUAAUUAUUUUAUGCCUUAUUUAA